AUGGACGAAAUAGAAGAAGUAGAAGGCUCCGAUACCUCCUCGUCUCGUUUCCCCUCACAAGAAGUGCCGCCACCAAUCAUCCUCAAAGGAACCGGCGAAGUGACAAUCUUCGGACUUUGCUGUAAAUAUGACAACGAGUUUCCCCACCAACUAUCCGGUCGCCUCGCUCCCGAGGAGUUUUCAAAGAUGAUCAAUCGCAUCAACUCCGCGCUCAAGCGAAGCAUGGCCUCUCAACUACGAUGGCUCGUGGCUGGAUUUGCCCUUUGUGUUUGCAGCGCUGGAUGCUCAUUUUUACCAGUUGUAUGCUUGUCGAAACGAACUCGGUUACGAAUCCAAAAGCUGAUCGACUACGAGAACCACAGACUGUAUCACAAGCUGGGCCUCCGAUGGGGCUUGGUUACCCUUCAAAUCGAAGACUCGCCAAUGUUUGAAUAUGUAAUUAAAAUUGAAUACUUGCCUAAAAUCCAUCUCACGUAUCCUGAUUAG